CCUAUACAUUCUGUGUUGAUAGCGCGCUGCGCGACCCGUGCGUCCGCGCGGUGUCCAAGUAUUCCGCAGUUAAAUAAAUAAAUACUGGACUCUCGGUGUACUGUGUACGUAGUUUACUAAGAAGUUAUUUAAUAUUUCGUUUUUAUGUUAUUUUAUUUCAUGAUAUAUGUUCGCAUACUAUCACGUCCUCAAAUAUUGAGCGUAUCUCACCAGUCACCUAGUAUAUUAGUGUAGAUUCGUCAACAGUCAUCAGUCUUUUCAUGCAUGCAAGAAAAAGAAAUGUAUAAAAGACAUUCAACACCUGAUGACAAAGUUCCAAAUGGUACGAGUUAUUGGAAGUCGGCAACGCAGCUCGAGCAUGUGGUCAACGCGAUGUCUUGGAGUGUUCGGGCCACCUGUAGCCGACAAUUUGGAAACAGGCAAUCAUUGAUCAAAUUCUUCUUCUUUAUCAGCUGCACCUAUUUAUUUGCUUUCCUAUUCUGGGCCCAAGAAACAUACAAACAAACUCAUCCUACUUUCACUGAGAGUUUGGUUCGAGAGGCAAUCAAAAAUGUCGGUCGUGAUUACAGAUAUAGGGACGUAUACAGAAAGGUGAACACUCUCCCCAAAGAUUUUAAAUACAUUCUAUUAUGGACUCGCAAAGACUACGCUCCUUUCUACUUCUACGGCGAAGGACAAAGAGCGUUUCUCAAAAGCAAAUGUCAGGAGACUAAAUGCUACGUGGUCACGGAUAGAAAUUUCUUUGGAGGUAACCUGACAAGGUUUGACGCUAUUGCUUUCAAUGGACGCAACAUGAACUCAAAGGACUUACCCAAAAGCAGGUCUCCCCAUCAGCAAUACAUAUUCGUUAACACGGAAUCAGCAGAUAAUUAUCCCGUAUGUGAUAAAGCAUUCAAUGGUUUUUUUAACAAGACUUCUACUUACAGAAUUGAUUCUGAUAUUCCAUGUGGUUACAUAUUAAUCAAGAACAAAUUAGGUGAUAUUGUUGGUCCAAAGAAAAACAUGCGAUGGGAAAAGAAGCCAAACAAUUUAGACGAAGAAUAUAUUGAUAUGAAUAGAAUAAGAAAUAAAACUAAAGCAGCUGCUUGGUUCGUGUCCAACUGCCGAAGUAGAAACGGCCGACUCAGUUAUGUUAAAGCUUUAAGUAAAGCGUUGAAACCCUACAAUUUAACAGUGGAUAUAUACGGCAAGUGUGGCAAAUUAAAAUGUUCUAGAACACAUGCAAAAAAUUGUAGUACAUUGUUGCAAAAGGACUUUUUUUAUAUGUCGAUGGAAAACUCUUUCUCUGAAGAUUAUGUGACGGAGAAGUUGCUGACUGCACUACAUAAUGAUGUUGUGCCCAUAGUCUACGGAGGAGCAGAUUAUAGUAGAUUUCUUCCGCCAGGGUCUUACAUCGACGCUACGAAACACCACGUUAUAAAAUUAGCCGCUAUGAUGAAUGAACUAAUGCAUUCCCCAAAACUAUACAAUCAGUAUUUCUGGUGGAAAAAAUAUUACACAUACAGUACGCCCGGGAACGUUUGCGCGUUAUGUGCAGCCCUCCAUAAUGAGAAUAUGCUAAAGAAAAUUACGAUUUAUGAUGAUUUUAGAAGUUGGUGGUACCCUCCAUAUACAAAACGUUGCCAUAAAUUUACCUAGUCACGAGCCGUGUGAAGGAUAUUCCAAGAAAUACAAUAUAUGACUAUACCUCGGCCAAGGUGGAGAACACCACUAUACGUGUACAUUUCUCCCGGCUCCCAUCAUGAUUUAUACUUAUGAGUCUUAUUACCAUCACACUCACUCGUUGAAGUGAGAAGUGUCCAACUUCCAAGAAGUCGACUGUACAAAUUGUAUAUUUGAGGUUUAUAUUUUUUGCAUAGAGCGUCAGUAUAUUAGAUGCAUGGAUUUGAAUAGUAUGCCAUGCCACUCGACAGGCAUCGAGUCCCGCGGGUAGAAAUGCGAAGCCCGCGUAGCUCUGUCGCCUCGGACUAGUUUAAAACCACUUUGUUCUAAAAUGUAUAUAUUUUUUUUAAUAACCCUGUGCAUAAUUUCAACCUCAUUAAUAUGCAAUAAAAUAUUUUGAGAGUUCGGGCCAUCUGCGUGUGAACUUGUGAACUUAGGGUCGUUUCAUACCUGACUUUUUGUUUUUGAGUUUUAUCGGUCGCGAAACGAACAGACAAAUGUAUAGACAAACACUUGACCAUUCACACUCAACCGAUGAUACGCUCGACACAUUUUACGUCAGAUAUGUACCGACCCUUCAAGAGACACUUCUGCCCCCUUAUGGAAAUAAAAGCAAAGUGCGCUUGUACCUACGUAUCAUGUAAUCAGUAUUUAUUUAUGUACCUCUAAAAGAAUGUGUGAAUAUGUACUUACUAUGUAUAUUUAAUAAUUGUAAGUCUUUCAAAGACAAGGCUUCCUUUAAAUUAGUCUGUGUUUUAUCUUGUAAUGAAAUAACAGCUUUAAAAAUAAUUAUAUUAACCGAAGCUUCUGAAAAAAAUGUUCUAAAAAUCUAAAUUAAAAAAAGUCAACAUCGUAGGCCGCAUCGUCGCUUGCCACUAGACAAGUUAGUUGCCAAAUGCAACGUAUUACAUAUUGUCCUUUCGCUUACAACACCGCUUAACGACGCAUUCCAAUAACCUACCGAUCGGCAGAUUUACCUACCAGCGGUAGAAUUUUGACACAUUUUGUAUGGAGCUUAUGUCAAAAUUCUACCUCUGGUAGGCAAAUCUACCGAUCGGUAGGUUAUUGGAAUGCGCCGUAAGUCAUUUUUACCAAUUUUACAGGAGACGAAACAUACUGCGCGGUGUUGCGACGCCAACCGAUUUGAGUGCUGUCACUAUUUUUUUAAUUACGACCUCUUAAUGGCUUAAAUCUAUAUCAUGAGACCAAUGGAUCGACGCGCAAUGCGCAGCUUCAUCCAAUGGCAUUACAUUGUAAAUUUUCGCCAAUUUUCGACUUGAGCAGUGUUGUCAGCUAAGGGACGAUAUAAAAAAUAUAUUGCAGACAGAUUGUUGGCCUAAUUCGUUUGAAAAGAAAAUCCAUUUUAUACAUAUUGAUAUUAGUACAAAUGCCUGUAAUCUCGAUAAUCUUCCAAAGAAUGAUAUUAUAGUGAAAAUUUAAUCUCAUUUUAUUGUGUACCUUAAAUACUCGGCUAGAUGUAAUUGUGGGGAGGGUGGAUUCAGAUAUUCCAUAUAUUUUACUCUGAGGCAAAUUUUAUCCCAAAGGAUAAGCAAAGGUGGGCAAAUACCUAAGCCAAUCUUCCCAUCAUUUCGUGCCGAGUAUUAUAUUUAAGUACUUAAUAUUUAUAAGUUAUAUACUAUAGUUUUAAACUGUUUUGUUAUUUAUUUUACUUAUUACAUUGUAACUCAAUGAAAACAGUACCCAAUACGAAAACGAAACGAAAGCGCAUUCGGCGCUCCGAUUGGUUGGUUCAUUCGUGCUGGCCAAUCAGAGCGCCGAACGCGCUUUCGUUCAACGUAAAACAAACUCGUACAAAGCCCCCAGGACAGUAUUGUAUAAAAAUAAUGUGUAAAUUAACUGUAACCUCGUUGCUUAGAUAAUUUAAUACAAUUAAUACAAUUCAGAUAAAAAUGUGUAGGUACUAUUGGGUUCCAUUUUAAAAUUAUCUACAUACAUAUGUAUUUUAUACCAAGGUAUACAUAUGUACAAGGCACGAUACUUACUACGUCAUUUAAAAUAUUUUAAUUUUAACGCAGUUUCAAUGGAUCUCCUCUUUUAUAUUACAAGAAACCUGUUACUGUCCAUAGAAAUCACACUUACUACCGCACUCAGAGACAUUCAAUGGUUACUUAAACCAUUCCUUAGUAACGAUUUUGUUCCAAAAACAAUUGCUAAGGACUGGGUUAAGUAACCAAUAAAUGACUCUGAGUACGGCGGUUAAUAUUAUAAACGUGAAACUUUGUUUGUUUGGAUGUUUGUCCGUCAAUCGCUAAAACUACUGAACGGAUUUUGAUGAAAUUUGGUAUACGGACAGGGUAUGAGCUGACUUGGGUGAUAAGAGUACUUUUUAUCCCAAGGGAUUGCGGGCGUAGACUCUGGCAAAAGCGAGUAUUAAAUAUCUAUGGUAUGGGCAGACAAAUUUCUCUAUUAUAUCUACAUUUUUGUUAAAAAAAUAUAAUCACAAUCAAUAGCUCGUCGAUAGCCCACUGCUAGCAGUCAAUGGUAGACAUAUUGUUUUACGUCAAUAACAGAAACUCAUAACUUUGUUUAUUUAACUUUCAAAGUGACGGACUUUCAUACAAAGUAACAUCGCCUAUUAUAAGGACAAAACCUUUAGGGGUGGAAUUUAAAAUACUUUCUUAGUGGGUGCCUACAUAAUAAAAUUAAUAUUUGCAAUUACAACUAAUUUCAUGUUUGUAUCAUUGGUAGUUUGCUCUCAGCGAUAAUGAAUCAGCCAGUCAGUGAGUCAGUCAGUCUAUCAGUCAGUCAGAACAUAUUUUAGAAGUAGGUGCAGAUGUAAUAAUGUAACAAUUUUUGUAAAUUUUGUUUGUAGCAUGUAAGUACUUACGUAAUAUAAGAAGACAAGGAUUUGUUAUUAAACUGUAUUUUAAUUUUA